AGAAUGCGGGGUGGCAAUACAAAUAACGCAGAUAGGACUGUCAGAAAUGUUCCGACUCACCGGCAUGUAGGUGACAGAUGAAACCGAGCUCAUAUGCCUGGGUCUGACGACAUCUACAUGCCCGUGACAGAAGCCCUUCGAUUGCACCGCAGCCCGACGUGUGCAGAGGCGCGAGGGCCCGUUCAUCGCUGCUUGCAGCUUUAAUUAAUGUGCACUGACACUGACAGUGAUGCCACAGUGUAGCCCUCCUCAUUAAACAUGGCAGCAGUACCUGGACUCAGGGCUCUUCUCAGCCUCCGUCGAUCACUGAUAUUGCAGCAAGCCUUUGGGCUAAACGCAGUACAGUUAACAACCUGCUUUCCCAGGAGUCUUUGCAGCGUUACUACAAAAAAUAAUGAGCCAAAACCGGCGGUGAACGCAGAGAAUGAAUCACUGCUGGAGAACCUGAAUCUUAUGGGAGUUGAUGUGAACAUGGCCCGCCAGCGUCAGCCAGGGGUUUUUCGUAAAGCUUUCACCAAUGAGCAAGGCCUUGCUCAGUUUCUGCAAAGCAAAGGUGCCAGCCGCAAAGCGAUCGCCAGCAUCAUAUCCCGCUAUCCUCGCGCCAUCACCCGCUCCAUCAACCACCUGGAACAACGCUGGCAGCUGUGGAGAAACAUCUUCCAGACCGAUGAAGAAAUUGUGAGCAUCCUGGAUCGCUCACCCGAGUCUUUCUUUCGCUCCAGCGAUAAUGGGAACUUAGAGAAGAACAUACAUUUUCUGACCUCGCUGGGACUCAACUCCAAAGAUCUCCACCGGCUGCUGACCACAGCGCCACGGACAUUCUCCAACAGUUUAGAGCUCAACAGGCAGAUGGUGGAGUGUCUGGAAGAUAUCUGUGCGGAGCUUGGUGGAAAGGAUCCAGAGCAGUUUGCCAAAACUGUCAUAUCCAGAAACCUCUACAUUCUCAUCCGAAGCACAAAGAGAGUCAAGACAAACAUCGAUAACCUGAGAGCUACUCUUAAGCUGACUGACUCUGAACUACUGGAUCUCCUUCAAGGCCAUGGGGCAGAAAUUCUUGAUCUUUCCAAUGAGUAUCUGAAAAAGAAUAUUAAAAGCCUUCAGCAGAAGAUGGUCUCCCUGGGCUGUCCGAAAUCUGACAUCAAAAAACUAAUCAUCAGCUAUCCAAUGGUUCUGUACAUUGGCCCAGAUACACUGAGCUCUAAACUGGACUGUCUCCUAAAAGGAGGAAUUACAAUGAAACAGAUAUUGCAGAAGCCUAAGGUUUUGGACUACAGCACACAGAACAUUACAGGGCGAUUAGAGGAGCUGCAGAGAGUUGGAUAUGACUUCCAGAAGAAUGGCAUCAACAUCCUGGACUCUAGUCGAAAGCGGUUUGUGGCAAAGAUGGAGAAACUUGCUGCCUCACCAGAUGACUGAAUGUAGCAGCCAGUAUUAUUAUGUUAAGAUAAUGAUGGGUGGUGCCUUUCAUUAAUAUUUGCUUCAAGAUAAUCAUGUCUUUUGGUUUCUUUCCAAGAACUAAAAUAUGAUAUCUGGCCAUUAGAAGAUCCCUUCAUAAUGCACUUUCAAUGUAAAUGAUGGGGAACAAAAUCUACAAGCCUCGUUCUGUGCAAAUAUAUAUUUAAAAGUUUAUUUGAAGCUUUAGCCAUCCACAGGAGUCACAUUAAGUCAAUAUCUGUCAAAAUCUUUUUGGUGCCAAAUUCCUGCUUUUUGUUAUGAUCCUUCCACUGCAUCUGAACAGGAAAACACUGUCUGUUGGGACAGAAAGAGGGAAUUAUUUUACUAAAAAGGCUGUAACUCUGGAACAUAUCCACUUAACUUGAUUAACUCAGACUGCUGAAGCCUCAUAUAAGCUUCAGGUAAACUUUUAAAUACAUUUUUGCUCAAAACAAGGAC